AUGGCCCAUGCAAGAGGCAUCCUCCUCCCCACCUACUACCUCAUCAGCUGCUACCUGUUUCUAGCCGCCUACACGGCUCGACAGGCCGCCGCGCUGUCCUUCGACUACGACUUCACCAUCCCGACGGACCGCGAGCAGCUCAACUUCAUCAACGCGUCCUACGCCGGCAGGGACCGCGUCAUCCUCACAGACGACAUCUCCAACCUCACCGGCGGCGUCACGCACCGGCAGCCAGUGCGGCUGUGGGACGGCGCCGGCAGGAGGGCCAGCUUCACCACCAGCUUCCACUUCGCCAUCGUCCAUGGCGGCAACACAACAGACAACUCCAAACGAGGGGGCGGCACUAUGUCCUUCUUCAUCGGGCCUUUCCCGCCGCCGGGCUGGGAGGUCGGCCUCCUCGGGCUCUUCAGCGACAACAACAGCACCGGCACCGGCGACUCGCGGCACACCCUCGGCGUGGAGUUCGACACGCGCUUGAACGACGACGGCUGGGACCCCUCCAGCGAGGACGGCACCGCCACCAGAGGCGACCACAUCGGCAUCGACGUCAACGGCACCAGGUGUAACCUGACCAGAAGCCUGCCGCCGUUGAGCCUCCGUGGCACCUUGUGGGCGAGCAUCACGUACCACGCCGAGUCCAAGGUGAUGAAAGUCGUGCUUCGGAAAACCGAGCUGGCGGCGGAGUCGAGCAUGACGUACGAGUUCAAUGCGACCAUGGAUCUCAGGGACGACGCCGACCUUGUGCAGGAUGCCGCCGUCGGGUUCACGGCGGCCACGGGACUCCUCAGCCAGUCGCACCAGCUGCUCGCUUGGUCCUUCCACUCAACAGAUCCAUCCCCUGCCAAUAGAAAAAUGUGGCUGGUAUUCUUAUGUAUCGCGACAGUUUUGUUUGCCGGUCUCCUAUCCAGUGUUCUCGUUCUUCUCUAUAGUACUGUUAUGCACCGUGGAAGACGGUGUCUCGAUGAAACAAUUUUGCAAGUUGCAAGGAAAUUCUCGUACUCUGAGCUAGUAGUGGCGACGGAUAACUUCUCCAAGGAUAGGAAAAUCGGCAAGGGAUCCUUUGGCGAUGUGUACAGAGGGCGGCUAACAAUGCCGGACCUACGGGCGGUGGCGGUGAAGGAGAUGCGCCAGCCGAUGUCAAGGAGGAACCAGAAGAACUAUGUGCACGAGAUCGAGACCUUGUGCCAGUUGCGCCACAAGAACCUCUUGUCACUAAUCGGUUGGUGCGACGACAAUGGUCGGCUGUUGCUUGUCUAUGAGCUCGAACCCAACGGUAGCCUCAGCGACCAUCUCCACGGCAGCGAUGACAGUGGGGGGACAUUGACAUGGCCACAGAGGUACAAUAUCCUUCUCGGCGUCGCAACCGCCAUCGACUACCUCCACAAUGGCGCCUACGACUCAGCCAGGAGGUACGUGCUACACCGGGACAUCAAGCCUAGCAACGUCAUGCUAGGAGAGGGCUUCGAGGCCAAGCUCGGUGACUUUGGGUUCGUGCGGCAAGUCAGCUGCCACGAUGGCGUAUGUACUCCUUGUACCACCGUGAUUGGGAGCAUGGACUACAUGGACCCCGUGUACAUUGAGACCGGCACACUGAGCCCAGCCUCUGAUAUAUAUAGCUUUGGGUUGGUUCUGCUGGAGGUAGCCACUAGCGUGAGACCAGUCGUCCCGGGAAGGGCAUCGCACCGAAACAACCUCAUCGCCGCCAUCCGGGAGUCUUAUAGCAGGAACGCCAUCCUUGAGAUGCUAGAUGAGCGGAUGAGAGGGGAGUUGGAGCAGUGGCGGUGGCAGAUGGAGCGUGUCAUGGUAAGCGGGCUGAUGUGUAUCGAGCAAGAGCGUGACAAGAGGCCAUCCAUCAAAGAUGUCAUCAACUUGCUCUCCAAGCAUGAACAAUCUCUGACAUCUGUUUGGGACAUGAAAGAUUCUUCAAUGAGGACGAAGGAUCGAUUUCGUUCCAUACUAGCUAGCAAGAGUUCCAGGACCUACCAGAUGAAACUAGUUGCCUAA